AUGGCUCUCCGGCGGCCGACUGCGAGCGCGGAAAGCUCACUUAACCGGCAUCCGACUCGCGGUAACCAUAAGACCUUCGGAUCUCCAAUUGACCAUUCCAUCUUCCUAUCCGAACGUCCAUCAAAAGGAAACCCCACCAAAAUGACCAUCCCCCUGCACACAAUCACCUCCUUCCGGGCGACCUUCAAUCCGUUCUCCCGGUCCGCUCGUCCCUGCCGCUUGCUCCUCUCUCUCCUCCGCAACCCUUCCACCACACCCGCCUCGAGUCCGACGCAUAUCGACAUCCAAGUUACUCAGCUGCCGCGUCACUCGACACAGCUCCCCGAGAUGACGGUAGGAUUCAGAGGAGGCAAGGAGGUCAAGAUCGAGGUGGGCAAGAACCAGAUGAAGAUCGGCGAUGUGAUCGAAGAACUUGCGCGUGUGGGACGGAGUAUCGAGCGAGAAGAGACUCUCAAGGGUUGA